GAUAACUGAUCUUCACUUUUUGCCGCACAUGUUUGCUUUCUCAGUCACUUAGAGGGCCUUUUAGUUCAGCAAUUUAAGUGGUAACAUAUACCCUUUUCACUGAAAUACACAUGCAGCCACAAUUUCAUUCUAUUAUUAGAUAAGCAUGCCUCUUCAUUUAUCUUGAAUUUACAAAUUAUGUUUGUGUCUGCUCUGUGAUGUUAGAGAAUGGAAUACAAAGGAUGUUGAUGAUGAAGAUGGCUUGGCAGUAUUGGUAGUUUGAUUAGUCCGUCAAUGCGUUCAAAAUCACUUACUUUGACUGUUGUUUUAACCAAAGUGGUCCAUAAUAGCGACUAGCAACUGAGAAGGUUUUUCUCCUUUUUUGAAUUUUUUUCCUGGUGGAGGCUUUUUUUCUUGGCCAAACAGGUGGAGGCAAUUAAUGCACGUACAAAGAUGGAAUGUCACAAGAAUUGUAUUUUUGUAGAACUUUUGGCAAUACACCGAAAAAAAAAAUAUACCAUGUUCCCCCAUCAUUUCAUCUUAGUGCAGAACGAAAGUUAUUUUCCAUGUUGUAAUAUACAUCUAUUAGAAAAUAAAUUAAUAUUUUUUAUUUAUUGUCUUCAUGAGUAUCUCUGUAAUUUCAGCCCAAAAUUUUGGACUCCCUUAUCUCAGUGCGUAUCUUGAUUCUCUCGGGACCAACUUUACGCAUGGAGCAAAUUUUGCAACAGCAGCAUCGACGAUCACGCUUCCACCUAGCAUCAUACCAGGGGGUGGUUUCAGUCCCUUUUACCUUAACAUCCAGUACUUUCAAUUCAACGAGUUCAUACCCAGAACACAAUUUAUUCGACGUCAAGGAGGAAUAUUCGCAAACCUGAUGCCCAAAGAAAAGUAUUUUGCUGAAGCUCUAUACACAUUUGAUAUCGGUCAAAAUGAUCUGGGGGCUGGCUUUUUCAAUAACAAAACCGUAGAACAAGUCAAAGCUUCCAUACCUGAUAUAAUCAAUACUUUCUCAACCAAUCUCACGAGCAUAUACAAUUUGGGAGCUAGGUCGUUCUGGAUACAUAAUACAGGACCCAUUGGAUGCCUCCCUUACAUUUUGGCCAACUUUUUAUCUGCUGAAAGGGAUGCAUUUGGUUGUGCAAAGCCUUAUAACGAAGUAGCUCAAUACUUCAACUACAAGUUGAAGGAAGCAACAGUUCAACUUCGAAAAGACCUCCCACUGGCUGCAAUCACAUAUGUAGAUAUUUAUUCUGUCAAAUAUUCUCUGUUCAGCAACCCAAAGAAAUACGGAUUCGAGAAGCCACUGGUGGCAUGUUGUGGCUAUGGAGGAGAGUACAACUUUGGGAGUGUUCUGUGCGGAGGCAAAGUUACUGUGAAUGGCACUGACAUUUUUGUGGGAUCGUGUGAAACCCCAUCAACUCGAGUGAAUUGGGAUGGAAUUCAUUACACGGAAGCAGCAAACAAAGUCGUCUUUGAUCAAAUCUCAAGCGGGGCUUUCUCAGAUCCACCCCUUCCCCUGAACAAGGCAUGUUACAGAAAUGCGUAGGUUAUGACCUAUUGCUCUUUAACUGCCACUGACUUCGUCCAUAUGUAUUACAAUAAACUGUAUUCUUCAGUGCAGGCCGCACUCAGAUAGCGGCACUCAUUAUUCACUAUUUCAUAAGCUAUAUGCGGAUCCUCACGUUUGGUUGCA